UCUCAGUAAUAUAAUACAAUAAAAAGUUGUCUUUUGUUCCUUUUACAUCUUUCUAACAGUGCAUUCGUCUGUAGGUUGGAGAACUGGUGACAGAAAUGGGUUUCAAUAGAGUUUUCUAUACCAUGAAAGGGAAAUCACCAUAUUCUUAGCCUUGGUUUCGACAACAAACCAGAUUUAAUCAAACAAUCCGCAAUCAAUGAAACAAGCUUUAACCGCACGUUAGUAUGGUCAUUGUGAGGUAUCGCGGUUGAUAGCAUCGGUGAUACUUUAAUUUUUAUUCCCGGUGAAUGUAUUCUAAAAGCUUCAGAAGAGGAGUAUAAAGCUGAUGGUGCAGUUUUGGAUGGUGGAAUAGAAAUUGAUAUCCUUGAGACUUUUGGAAAAUAUUGAAAGACAAUUCCAAGUAUAGACUAGACCACAGCAAAGGGGCUUUUGGGACUUACGACAUUCAAUACAAUAUUCAAUACAAUCUUCAAAAAAUAUUAUAUGAGUACCGAAGCAACUGCAAUUAGCCUAAAGAUACCCUUUGUUCAUGCCAGGCAUAACCACAAGGUCUUCAAGGUACCAAACAACAAGAAUGAUGCCAAGAAUAUACUGGCAAUGGACCAUUUUGUUUGGCAGUUGAAGAAGCAGUUGGAGGAAGCACACUCUUCAGUCCAAAGAAUGAAACAAAAGCACGAUGACAGCGUGAUCAGUAGAAUCAUGGAUAGUGCCAACACAGAAAUAAAUUCAUUGAAAGCAUGGAUUGAUUCAAAGGUCAAAAAGCUAAUGAAGCAUACUGAAUACGGCUUGCUUCUGCCAGUUGAAAAAGAUGAAAAUAAAGAAAGAUUUCAUUUUGUUAAAUUGUAUAUUUCAAUCGGAUAUAAUGUAUGCUCUUCACCUAGUUCCGUGCUUUCUGCCAAUUUAUCCUGUUUGGCUCUUGAUUCCCUUUUAACGCAACUUGGGUGGUAUACAGUUCCGUCACUUUGA